AUGCCGCUCGCACCUCCGUCGUCCGCGAUACAUCUCCAGCCCGCGCCAUCAUCAUCUGCGGCUCUCGCGCGAGCGCCAACAUCCGUGCACCUGCACCCGGCGGCACUCUUCAGCAUAUUGGACCACUACUUGCGUCGACCCGAAGGACAACAACGGGUAAUCGGUACUUUGCUCGGAACACGCGUGGAAGGUAGCGAUGCCAUCGACGUGCGUGCCGCGUUCGCGGUCUUGCACUCGGAGACGGACGAGCAGGUCGCGGUCGAUAUGGAGUACCAUCAAGCGAUGUUCGAACUCAGCCAGCGCGUCAGCCCCAAAGACACAAUCGUUGGCUGGUACUCGACUGGCAGUGAACUCAACACGAACAGCGCGCUGAUCCAGAACUUCUACGCUCAAGAGACCGCUCCUUCACCUGCUCUCCACCUGGUCGUCGAUACGGGCGUUGCCGAAGGCUCUGCACCAGGCGUACGCGCAUACGUCAGUGCGUCGAUCGGCGUCGCAUCCAAGCCCGAGAACGCGCUUUUCGUCCCCGUCCCCGUCGAGCUCAGCGCGACAGCGCCUGAGCGCGCCGGAAUCGCCUACCUUACACAACCCGGCGUGAAGGAGCCGAUCACGGAUCUGGCACUGCUAGAGGGCUCUCUCAACGAUGUGCUUGAGAUGCUCGAUCGCGUGAUCACGUACGUCGGGAAAGUGGUCGCGGGAGAGGAGAAGGGCGAUCCUGCGCUUGGGAGGUACUUGAUGAAUGCUUUUGGCACGGCAGCGGAGGAGCUCGACAAGGGCGCUUUCGCGAAUAGCUUGCAGGACACGCUCAUGCUCAGCUACCUUGCCAACCUCGCACGCGCUCAGGCAGAAGUCGCGUCGCGGCUGGCGCUCGUCAGCACCGCAUAA